AUGGAGACUCAAAAGUAUCCUGUUGUCCCUGGGCAUGAGAUUGCAGGCAUUGUAAAAGAGGUGGGUUCCAAUGUUCAGCGCUUCAAAGUUGGUGACCAUAUGGGAGUGGGAACUCAUGUCAACUCAUGCAGAGAUUGUGAGUACUGCAACGACAGAUUUAAUGGUGUUGGUGUUGAUGGUACAAUCGCAAAAGGAGGAUACUCCAGUCAUAUAGUUGUCCAUGAAGGAAAACUAUCCAUUGGCUUCGGCAGCUCCUCUACUUUGUGCUGGAAUUACUGUUUAUGCUUCGAUGGUACGCCACAAGAUGAACCAACAUGCACUAGCAUAUCCAAGAAAGAGGAAGCUUUAAGUCAGCUGGGUGCAGAUAACUUUGUGGUCUCAUCUGACAGAAAUCAGAUGAAGGCCCUGGUGAAGUCAGUAGACUUUAUAAUUGAUAUAGCAUCUGGUGAUCACCCUUUUGAUCCAUACGUUGAACUAUUGAAAACUGGUGGAGUUCUGGUCUUAUGGUGGGAUUCCCCAGUGCAGUCAAAAUCAGUCCUGCCAACCUUAAUAUCGAACAGCAUCUCCUCCCAUUUGUUACUGUUCAUCGCACCAGUUUUUUGGGCUGCCAUCGCCUCCUCCGGCCACCCCAAGCGACGACAUGGAUAUCAAAAGAACCAGCACGUUGUCCUCUACCACCCUCACAUCUCAGCCGCUGCCAACCGUCGUCUGGAUCACCAAAAAAGCAAGAAAUUGGGCCGAUUUUACCCAAAAUCUCCAUUGCUCGUUCGGGCGAUUCCGAGCACCAUUUCUUCUCUUCGAUCCAAAGAGACAGGAGUUGGAAAAAUACUGCUAUAUAGCGUGAUUGUUGAUAUAUGUGAUAACAAGUCUUGUCGGGCGGGAGAUGUCUAUUCACCUCCGAAAGGACACGGGUUUGGGAUGCUUCAUAUAUAA